AUGGUUUCAAUAUUAUUUGCAAGUUUCUUCAUCAUUAUCGCUAUAUUAAUUUAUAUUUACUUUAAACGAAGUUAUUCACCAUCAUCAGAUGAUUUACCAGGAGUAAAACCACAACUGUUUUUUGGUAAUAUACUUAAUUCGGGUAUGUUGACUGGUAAAUCAACAGUUACUCAAAUCAUGCUCGAAUAUCAACUUCGUUUUGGUGACAAGUUUCAAUUUUGGUUUGGUUCACAUCGAUGUUUAACUUUCUGUCGGAUGGAACAUGUUCAAGCAAUCUUUUCUGAUCGUCAUACAUUCGAACAAUCGCCAUUAUUUCUGCCAAACUUUGAUCUUCUGUGUCCAAAUGGAAUUUUUGUGUUGAGUGGUUUAAAAUGGAAACGACAUAUUCGAGUUUUGUUACCGAUGUUGAAACGAACAAAAAUCAUAGUUCAUUUAGAAAGUAUUGUUCAAUGUGCUGAUCGUUUUAUUGAUCGAAAUCUUCAUCCUAACGAUGUUCAUCGUGAUCUUAGAUCAUGCUGUCAGUCAUUCACCAUGAAUGUCAUCGGAUUACUUGAAUUUGACUAUGAUUUCGAUUUGCAGAUUAAUGUACCAAUCAAAAAAGCAUUUUAUAAUUUUGUAUAUCAAGCUGCAUUGCUUAUGUAUAUACCUUGGAUCCCUCGAUGGUUACAAAAAUUGUAUUUGAAAUUUAAUUGGAACUAUCAAAAAUCUUACAGAUUGAUUCAUGGUUUAGCAAAAAAACUCGUCGAAGAAGAACAAAAUAAAUAUCACGACAUGACAAAUGAACGACCAAAAACUCUUAUUGCAUCAUUAGUCUCAUCAUUGAAUGAACAAGCUAAUGAUGAGCAUUCAUCAUCAGGUAUAACGCGUACAGAGAUGCUAGACGAAGUUUUAACAAUGAUUGCAGCAGGUUAUGAAACGACAUCAACUGCUCUCUCAUGGUUCAUAUUCUUCGCAAGUAAAAACCCUCAAGUACAACAACGUAUGAAAGAUGAAUUACGUGAACAUCAUCUUUUGAUGACUGAUGAUCACAUAAAUGCACCACCAUUAACACCAGAAAAUUUAGCAUCAUUAACAUAUUGUGAGUGUGUAACAAAAGAGGUCUUACGUUUGGCUCCAAUUGCUCCAAUUACAACACGUAUAGCUACUUGUGACACCACUGUUGAUGAUGUGAAGAUUCACCGUGGUCAAACUAUUUUUAUUCCAUUACAUAAUAUUAAUACUGAUGCUCGAUAUUGGCAUCAUGGUGACCCUCGAAAAUUUUUACCAGAGAGAUUUUUAGCUGAAGAUCAAAAUCAUCAUCCAUUAACAAUGAUUCCAUUUGGCGGUGGACAUCGAGCAUGUAUUGGACAAGAAUUAGCUUGGCUAGAACUGAAAAUAGUUAUUGUACGAAUGAUGCAACGUGGUAUUACAUUCGAAGACACACCAGAAAAUACUGGCGGGUACGAAGAACACGUUACCUGUUUUCCUAAACAUUUAGUAGCACGUAUACACUUCGAUAAAUAUUAA